UUAUAAAUCCACAAUUCAUCACUAGUUGCUUUCUCACUCAUCUUUCAUCUCUCUCACACUAAACAAUUCUCUGAAAUUCGUGUAACUUUUGGGGAUUUGCAUGUCUAUACCGGACGAAAAUCAAGUGAUGGCGGCGGAGCCGGGGCAGGGCUACGCUUUGAGCGGGAAGAUAAUGCUCAGCGCCAUCGUGGUCCUCUUCGCCGUCGUCGUUUUCAUGGUGGCCCUCCACCUCUACGCGCGGUGGUACCUCGUCAGGCUCCGUCGCCGCCAAAUCGAGCGGCGCCGCCAGCGCCGCGGCGCCCGGCCCCACGUCGUGCUCUACGCCGACAGCGUCCUCCCCGGCGCCGACCGCGGCCUCGAGCUGGCCGUGCUGAACUCGCUCCCGGUGUUCCUCCACCACCACCAGGCGGCGGAGAAGGAGAAGGAGCAGGAGGUGGCGCCGCCGCCGGAGUGCGCCGUCUGCCUGUCGGAAUUCGAGGAGAAGGAAAUCGUGCGGCUGCUGCCGAAAUGCAACCACUCCUUCCACAUAGAGUGCAUAGACAUGUGGUUCCGGUCGCACUCCACCUGCCCGCUCUGCCGCUCGCCGGUCGAGAAGGUGGUGGGCCACGCCGCCGCGGAGCCGCUCGAAUCGGUGGAGGACUCGAAUUCGUCGGAACCGGGUUCGAGCUCGAGGCCCGGUUACUGCGACACGUGUCAACACGCGGAAGGGGAAACGACGUCGUCGUCAACAUCCCUAGGGGCGAGAAAGGGGGCGGAUUUGGUAGGGGUGAGAAUUGAGGUGCCGGCAAGGCGGCCGGAGGCGGUGUUCGAGCUGACUCAGAGCUCGCCGGCGAGUCGGCUAGCGUAUUUCAAGAGAAUUCUCAGUAUGGGGAGGAGGUCCCCGGCGGCGGGGGCGGGGGCAUCCUCGUCCAGUGGCGGGUGGGGCCCGACGACGCCGCGUGGGGUAGGUACGAGUGGUGGGGCCCACGAGUUGGAUUUGGAGAGUGGGAUCGGUGAGUCAAAGCGGGUAACGGGUGGGGUAGUGGAAACGAGGUGAGGAGGGAGGCUUCCAGGAAACCACGCCGUACUUUCGAGGAAAACGACAGCGUAUUGCGGUCCAAAAUUUUCUGUAACUAGUGUUGGACGCGUGGCGUGCUCGUAAAGGAGAUUAGAUUCCGCUGUUUCAAUUAGACUCAAAUGUAUUGGAAAACGUGGAUGGAAUUAUCACUAUGCUAGUGGCCUAGUGGGAGAUAUUUUAAAUUGUUUCUUUUAUUUGUAAAAAGUGUGUAUAUUAUAUUUAGAUUUAAAUGAUAGUGAUCUAUCGACAUCGAUUUGUAUUGAA